AUGUUGCCGUUGCUGCUGCUGCGCAUGCAUAUGGCUGUGAAAUUCUCGUACAGCGUCUGCUGCGUGGCGGUGCUCAUGUAUGCUUCGUACCAGGCGCUGCCGCGGGUGGUUGCGAAUUGCAACAUGUACAUGUUCUGUGGGAGCUGCCUGACGGUUGGGGUCCUGAUCCUGGACUUGUGGUACACUGCCUCUCCGCUUUGUGUGCCUGGCGGUCCCAUGUUCAGCCAGACUUAUUACCUCACAUUCUGCGUCAUAGCUGGUAGCCUGGCGGGUCUCGCAGGAGUCUGGACGUUCGAGACGUACAUGACGAAGUGGAACGCCCGCAAGGCUUUCUGGGUCACCACUCUCGUGAAAGUCGUCGCCUCCUUGGUUGACCAGGUUCUCAUCAACCGCUGGAACUUAGUUGUCGGACUGCCUGACGAGUACGCCUUUUUUCUCGGCAACGCAGUCAUUCGGGAGAUGGUAGUCAUGCUAGAUUUCAUGCCAGUGAUGGUCUUGAUCGGGAAGCUUUGCCCGAAGAACAUCGAAUCCACUGUGUUUGCAGUGCUGGCUGGUUUUUCCAAUUUCGGCUCCAACAUCGGGAGCGUUUUGGGCACUAUUUUAAUCGAAGUCCUGGGCGUCAGGAUCCAGGACGCGAGCGUGCGUGACCACACGUGCUUCUUGCCAGAGGCUGGGUGGGUCAACGCCACUGCCAAUUCGUGCACCUACGACUUGGGCGACGACGGUCAGGAGCUCAGGGCCGACUGCGAGUACAGCCACCUCGGCGUGGCCGUCUUCAUCGCGCAGGUCAUUUGCCCGCUGUUGUCUAUACCUGCGUACCGCUGA